AUGUACAAGAAUUUUUCUUUACAGAAAUCUCUACAAGAAUUAAACAUAUCAGAUAAUGGGAUCACAACGUUGAAAGAUUUACACCCCUUGUACAAUUUAACAUUCUUGGACGUCAGCAAUAAUUUACUAUCGAAUUUGGUAGAUAUUUGUGACGCUGUAAGAAAUUGGAGACGUUUGAAAACCCUGCAAAUUGAUGGGAAUUUGAUAUCCAAACGCAAACGUUACGAAUACGAGAUUAUUCCUGUGGCUCCAAACUUGGUCACCUUAAGCAACAGACAAAUUAAUAACGCUACGAGAAUAUUUUUGCAAGCUCUACAGAAGAUUCGAAGUAAUCGACAGAAGAAACAGAAAUACACCGGAACGCCAUUUAGCUCGGAAACGAGAAGUUUCGUUCAUCAACUCCCUUUGGAAUUCCAGGAGAUAGUUUCGAGAUCGAUAAUGCAUAAGAGGAAACUACUCCAGCCUUUACAUUGUUGA